AUUGCAUUUCUAAGAUAAAAUUUGAUAUUGUUCAGCAAGAUAAAAAACCUGCCUGUAGCAGUAGAAACUGAGCUCGACAUAGAUAAAGUAAUCUGCGCUCAUAGAGCAACUAUCCUCAUCUCAAAGGACGGAAGGAUACUGGCCAUGGGAGAUAAUACCAACAACCGUCUGUUCCUUGAUUUAGAUAAACCAGUAGAAAAAUCUUAUCAGUUCAAACCGGUUUUAGACCACGUGGGAGAUAUCAAACAGAUUGCAAUUUCCAAAUAUUGCACUUUAGUUUUAACUGGAUCAGGAGAAAUAUGGAGUAUCGGAGAGGAUAAUUCAAGGGCGCCAACUAGGAUUAAUCUUGACUCCAAGAUAAGUCAAGUAAUGGGUCUAGGAGCUACAAAGCAGCUGCAUAUUCUUGUUGGACAGGACGGAGCAGUGGUAAGGUGGACCCCUGGGAGAUGGAAGGAGAGAGAUACAAUUGUAAACAAGUUUAAAAAGAAGCUUACCAAAGCCGAUGUAGCAGUUUAUUCAAGGAAAAUAUUUAUUCUUUAUGUAUUUGAGUAAACUACUGUUUUAUUUAUUCUCUAUAUGUUCGAGUAAAUUACUGUUUUUAUUCAUUCUCUAUACACGUUCGAGUAAAUUACUGAAUUCAUUUAUUCUCUAUGCGUUAGAGUAAAUUACUUUUUUAAUUUAUUCCCUAUACGUUCGAGUAAAUUACUGUUUUCAUUUAUUCUCUAUAGGUUUGAAUAAAUUAUUGUUUUUAUUGAUAGUAUUCGAGUAAAUUGUUUUUAUUUGUUCUCUAUACGUUCGAGUAAAUUACUGUUUUCAUUUAUUCUCUAUACGUUCGAGUAAAUUACUGAAUUUAUUCACACUCU